AUGAACGUUGAUAUCUAAAAAGGUAGAGAAAGACCUGUUAGAAGAAACGGUUUAGUUAAUGGUCUUAACCCCUAUCAAACUAUAAGCUGGGUUUAUACUCUAGCUGAUAUUAUUAUUGCUUACAUAUUUUCAUUUUUAAUUCAGGAACCUGGAAUUCAUGUAUAGUUAUUCUUAUUCAGGAACUUUUGCUUAUCCUAUUAACUAUUAUUGUUACUGCCAUUUUUUACAGUUGUUUCAAAGCUACUUUGAUUGAUCCAACAGAUCCUAUUGUGAAACAAGAGAUAAAAUGCAAGUAAAAAGGGUAAUCAUAUCGAUUAUACUAUAGUAAAGAAUUUCAAACCGAAAUUAAAUCAUAUUGUCUAGUUUGUUAAGCUCAUGUCUAAGAUAAAACUAAACAUUGUUGGAGCUGCAACAAGUAAUUUGAAACUUUUAUUAGAUGUGUAUCACUAUUUGAUCAUCAUUGUAUAUGGCUUAACAAUUGCGUUGGGGAUUAAAACUAUUCAUAUUUUUUCGUUUUAGUUAUUUCCUUGGUGACAUUCAAAAUUUUCAAACUAGUUUUAGAUGCGAAUUUAUUAUACAAUGCAGUUGAUCUACAAAUACUAGUUUAUAUUUGUAUAGUAAUUGAUCCACCAGUUCUAAUAAUUCUAAUAUAUUUAUUGUCAAUGCACUUAUAUUUUAAGUUUAUGAUAUAUUUGAUAUUUUAGGUAUAAACAAAUAACAACAUAUGAAUACAUUAAAUCAAAGUAGGAAAAGAAAUAAUAAACUAAUUAACCAUAGCAUCCAUAGAAUCAAUAGUAGAAACAGAAUUAAAAUGAAAGCGGAACAGGAUAUGGUUAAUUAUUAUCAACUUCAAAAAGAUUUGAUCUAAAAUCAUAAUUGUCUCUAAAAACUGCAGAUUCUAAAACAAGUAAGCAGAAUUAUUUUUCAAACAAAUAAGAUGAGGAUAAAAGGAAUCCUUAAUAAUCUCCAUCUUAACCUUAAUUUACCCAGAUUCCAAGUUUAUUCACUUCAAAGCCAACAACUCCAGGAAAUGAUUAGGAUAGGAAGUAUAGUAUACAAUAAUAGAUUCCUUAAUCUUAGGCAAAAGAUCUGGAUGAGAUAAAGGAUAGGUAGAUUUACAAUUAAGUGAUUGCAGAAGAUUCAGAACCUCAAAUGAAUGAAAGUUCAGAUGAUUAGGAUGGUAAUCUUAGCAAUAAUGAGAAUCAUUGCCCAAAAAAUGUCUCUUAAAUAGAUGAAUUAGCAAAUCAAUCAAUAUCAGCGGAGAUCGAAUAAAAGAUGGUAGAAGAAAAACAGAAAGAAGUGAAUAAGGAAAUAGAGAGUAAAUCUAUGGAUUAGGAUAUAGUUAGUGUUUCGAAUUAAUAAUCAUUACAUGCAUAAUAACCUCCUUCUCCUCAAAAUUGCUAUACAUUCUAAAUAGAUUUAAAUUCUGAUUAAUAGAAGGUUAUUAUAUCUCCAUCUUGUAAGAGAAAUAGUUAACAUCUAAUUGCUGAUAAUUGUACUGAAUGA